AAUAAUAAUAAUUGCUGAUGUGAUUUUAAAAUAAAAAAAUUGACUUUUAGCUUUUUAUUGCUUUUUAUUAAUAAUUAUCAAGUGACAUUUUAAUUGACAAUUAUUAUUUAUAAAUAAAUAAAUAAUGGAUUCAGAUUGUAGAAUAAAAAUUCUACAUCACAGUAAUGAUUAUCUAGUUGUUGAUAAGCCAUAUGAUAUGCUUAUCAACAGUGAUGAUGAUGAUAAAUCAACUUUGCAAACUGAAACAAGAAAUUUGCUACCAAAUACUGCAAACCCUGACCUACGUCAUGAUUUUUAUUUUGUUCAUCGUUUAGAUUAUGCUACAAGUGGAGUUAUAUGUUUAGCAUUAAAUAAAUUAUCAGCAAGAGCAGCAUCAAAUGAAUUUGCUAAAAGAAGAGCUAAAAAAUAUUACUUGGCAAUUGUACAUGGACAUGUUGAAGAACCAACAAUGUUUAUUAAUAAAUCAAUUGGUCAAGAUAUAAAUGAACUUGAUGGUAAUAAAAAAAUGUGUACAGAUGAUGAUGUUAAUUGUUGCAAUCCAAAACAAAGUUCUACAGCAUUAUUGGUUCUUGAAUGGGGUCUUAGAAAUGAUAAACCAGCAACUAAAAUUCUUUUACGACCUGGUACUGGACGUCGACAUCAAUUGAGAGUUCAUUGUCAUCAUAUUGGACACACAAUUAUUGGUGAUUAUACUUACAGUAAUAGACAAGAUUCUGAACCACAUAGAACAUUUCUUCAUUCAUUAAGACUUGUUUUAAAUAAUAACGUUGAAAAUUUGGAUAUUAAAACACCAGAUCCAUUUGUUUCAAGUAAUGAAUUAAACAGAUGGAAACCAACAAAUGUAUUUACCAGUCUAGAUUCAGCUUAUGCAAUAAUUGAUGAGCAAUUUGAUUGA